ACUCCAUCAUCAUGGCUAGCGCUGCAGCGUACGAUGCAAGGUCAUUCCAAUUAUGUAUUCUCUGUUUCCUUCUCUCCGGAUGGCUCGCAAAUCGCCUCGGGCUCAGGGGACCACACAUGCCGGAUUUGGAACGCGGAAACCGGGAAGGAAGUCGGCGAGCCUUUACGGGGGCACACGGACGAGGUCAGAUCGGUGUCGUUUUCCCCCGAUGGAAAGCGCCUUGCCUCUGGCUCAUUGGACCGCACCGUGCGACUGUGGGACGUGGAGACAGGGCUGCAGAUCAGGCAGCCGCUCGAAGGGCAUACGGACUGGGUUGCGUGUGUCGCAUUCUCACCCGACGGCCACCGCAUCGUCUCGGGCUCAGGCGACGCGACGCUCCGACUCUGGGACGCGCAGACGGGACAGGCCAUCGGCGAGCCUUUCCGGGGUCACUCUGACUGGGUUCGGAGCGUCGCAUUUUCACCGGAUGGGAAGCACAUCGCCUCAGGAUCCAGCGACCACACGAUUCGACUCUGGGACGCCGAGACAGGUGAGCCAGUCGGGGACCCGCUGCGAGGCCGCGAUAGCUACGUUGUGUCAGUCGCAUAUUCCCCCGAUGGUGCGCGCAUCGUCUCGGGCUCCGACAACAAGACGGUCCGGAUCUGGGACGCUCAGACAAGGCAGACGGUGGUGGGGCCGCUGCAAGGGCACAAAGACGCGGUCCGCUCGGUGGCGUUCUCGCGGGAUGGCAAGCACGUCGUCUCCGGCUCCUACGACGGCACGAUGCGGAUAUGGGACGCGCAGACGGGACAGACCGUG